GAAAAUGUCAAAGGACCGCAGAUCGCCGGCCCGAGGACACUCUCUCCCCUCCUCUCCCAUCCGGCAUCCCCGCCCACUCUCUCUCCUCCCCUCCCCUCCCCUCCCCUCCUUUCUCUCCACUCGUCGCACGCAAGCGCAAAUGGCUCUAAAAAGUCCAACUCCAAACCUAGACUAGAGGCCCCUCACCGAGGCGACGACGCACGCAGCCGAGCGCCACUCCGCCGCCGCCGCCUCCUCCUCGUCCCCGUCCCGCGCCGCAACGGCCUCCCCCACCCUGCGCCCGCCGGCCGCCCCUCGACGGGUCGAGCGGAGCGGGGAACCCAUCCGUCCGGCCGUUGGUCGCUCUCGCUCGUCUGGUGUUGGUUGUAAUGAGAAGCUGGACCUGUUAGGCCGAAGAGUUCUCGUUGCAAGUCUGUGCCUCAGCGAUGGGUUCAGGCAACUUGAUCGUGAAGAAGGUGGUAAAGCACAGCUCCUUUGAUCUGGACAUACAGCUUGAUAAGAGUUGGAUGGAGGAUGUUACCUGCCCGAUCUGCCUUGAUUACCCUCACAAUGCAGUGCUACUGAGGUGCACGUCUUAUGAGAAGGGAUGCAGGCCGUUUGUUUGCGAUACAGACCAGACCCGCUCAAACUGUCUUGAGAGGUUUAAAUCUGCAUAUGAACUGCCUUCCAAUGUGAAAGUUUCAUCUUUAGCCGUGCCUCCUCUUGAUAGCAUUAUUCAUAUUGUGCCGUCUAACGCAAACAACCGCCCCAGCUGCCCUUUGUGUAGAGGUGAUGUUAUUGGGUGGGUUGUUAUUGGUGAGGCUCGGCUGCAUCUUAAUCAGAAGAAAAGGUGCUGUGAAGAGGAUUGCUGCUCGUUUGUUGGCAACUUCAAUGAGCUUCAGAAGCACACGCAACAAAAGCAUCCUGAUUCACGCCCUUCAGAGAUCGAUCCUGCUAGGCAAGUUGAUUGGGAGAAUUUCCAGCAAUCUUCUGAUAUCGUAGAUGUCUUGAGCACAAUACAUGCACAAGUUCCAAACGGGAUUGUUCUGGGAGACUAUGUGAUUGAGUAUGGGGAUGAUGACACUGGUGAGGACUAUGAAGUUUUCCGCAGGGUCAGGACGAACUGGUGGUCAUGUAUUUUCUGCAGGGCGUUUUCAAGAUCUUCAAGAAGUCGUAGAAGAUCCAGAGCAAGGGAAAGAAUAGGCAGUGGAAGGAGGAAUGGCAACCAGGUUAAUCUAGAAAAUUUUAACCUCGUGGUUCCGACACAACCUGUUGAAUUAAGGGAAAUUAGGUUUGAUGAAAUUGAUGAUGAAUACAUAGUCACAGGGGCCAUUCCUAGUAUCGCAGCACCGGGAAGAAUGGCUAGUUUCCAUUACAGGGAUACAAGAUAUGGACGUUGAUGCAUAGGGUCUGCAGUAAAAAAAGGAAUAGAUGUUAUGCAAUUUACCGAUCAACGUAACGUUGUAACUCCGCUCAUUUGGAUUCCUUUUCCACCUGCCCUCGGUAGGUGCUGCCGCAGUUCAAACUUAUCUGUGCAUAAAAAGUAGCAACAGAACCUCGCUGUUCGUUUGAAUCAGGCCUCGUCAUUCUAGUUUCGAUCUUGUAUAUAUUUAGCACCCGUCUCUAUAGGAUGUUGGUGACAGUUCUUUUCGGAAUGCUUCUGCGAUGUAGCGCGGUUUUACAUAGUAACCCUGAAACAAACUUCAGCCCGCUCUAAUGGGGAUUUGUUUG